GUCAACAUCUUAGGACCACAGCAAAGAGUCGCAACGUAAAAUUGAACAACACGCCUGUAUUCCACGAUCAUCAACUCGAGAUGGCUCUAGACUACAGCAAGUGGGAUGCUCUUGAGCUCAGUGACGACUCAGAUAUCGAAGUUCACCCCAACGUUGACAAGAGAUCAUUCAUUCGAGCCAAGCAAAAUCAGAUCCACCAACAGAGAUUCGAGCGUAAGAACAGAAUCGAAACCUACAAGUACGAACGAAUCAUAAAUGAUGGCCUUCUUAAACGCAUCAAUGUGCUGCUCUCCAAGCUCGAGUCACACACUGCAGAGGCAGAGAAGCGCAGUCCAGAUGAGCUGAUUUUUCAAGCCAUUAUGGAGUCGGUAGGAGGAAUGGAUAAUGAUAGUCCACCUCCACCACCGGCUGGUGUCCACACGCACGAGAAGGCACCACCAACUUAUUCCAAGAUGAUGGCUGCAUUAGUAGACCAAGUCAAGGCAAAGGUUGACGAAGAUAAGCCUGAAGAUCGAUAUGGAGCAUACGUCGCGGAGGUAAAGGUACAUCGGGACAAGGUUGAGGAUUUGCAGAGACAACUCUUGGUCGAAUUGAACACGUUAGAGAAGGAAGAGGGACGAAAGAUCACCAGCGAGAGCAUACACACUGGGUUUGACAGUUCGUAUGUCAACAAGUCUGCCGCCAGCGAACCAACCCCCAAGAAAGAGAAAGUCCAAGCUGUUGAGGUUUUGAAUCCACAUGCCCUAGCUGCUCAUGACAAUGACAAGGGACAAUCGUCUGGUGCAGAUGCUGAUGUCGACGAGCCCGCACCUCUAGAAGGAAAUGACGACGAGGAAGAAGCUGAAGCAUCCGAACUUGGCAAGCAGUUCUCAUUGAUCAAGCAAGGUGAUUACAGAGCUUGCCUUCAGUUCAUCUCCAAAAAUCCUCAAGUCGUGGCCGAGCGCGAGACAGAUGGUUUGCUGGUCUUAGCCUUUCAGGCAUCUAUUCAUGGCAGAGACGAUUUCGCUCGACAGUGUGUCCAUAAUGGUUUACUGCUUCAAUACUGCAGAGCAUUGGGUCGGGAUGGUGUCGGUUUGUUCUUCAAGCGCAUCACCACUCCUGGUCAUCAAGCCCAGAAGGUCUUCUUCGAUGAUGUUAACUCUACAUUCGCCCGAAUUCGAUCAAGAGCCAAGGAAAUUGAGAAGCAGAGAGCUCAAGAGGAAGCCGAGGGUGCUGGUGGUGUUGAGCAGAUCCAACUGCAUGCCGUCGAUCCUGGGACAACUAUCAACAUCAAAAUCCCAGCAGAGACUAGUGAAGACCCAACGGAAGUGAAGGCUAGAGAGUUGUUCAAUGCUUUCCCACCAGGGCUACAACGUGCUUUGGAGAGCGGAAGUCUGGAUGAGGUCAACAAAGUGCUUGGCAAGAUGAGUGUCGAGGAGGCUGAAGAAGUUGUUGGUCAACUAGGAGAGGGCGGCAUGCUUUCAUUAGAGGAGCAAAUCAUCGAUGCUACGACUGAGGAAGGUCAAAAGGCACUGAAGGAAUUUGAGGAGCAAGAGCGAGCAGCAGCAGCCAACGCAGCACAAAAUCCUCCACUCGUCGAUAAAUAUGGCGAUCCAGAAUGAACUGCUGAUCUUGUAGGAAUGGUUACCCGGCGGUGCGAUUAUAGACAGGCAUAAUUGAAAAUUGUAUCAUAUGCAGCGAGUCUAGUUAUUCACAGUGAAAGCAAUCACGUUCAUCUCACGCAU